AUGUUCUCGUUCGUUGCGUGCGGGGGCACCGAAGGAGCUUGUCUGGGGACAAGCUCAUGGCGAGAGGAGAGGACGGAGCUUUCGUUGCGUGGCUACAGGAAGCUCUUGAAAGAAUACGAGGAGGGGAAGCAAAGCGAAGCGACUGGCGGGUGGACUCGCAACUCGCUUCAGUAUGCUGUGAAUUUUGCUGUGCAGCCCUCGGCAGAAGCGACGAGGGAGUUCAUCAACGUUGCUUUGGGUUUCUCUCCGCAGCAGUAUGCUUUCUUGGCCUCAUACGGAUUUACUCUUCUCUAUACGUUUGCUUCAUUGAUUGCCGGGAGGGUUGCCGACACCGUUGAUCGGGGCAAAACGCUCUCUGUCUCCAUCUUCCUCUGGCACAGUGGAGUCAAGGCUUUCUUUCUGUCUUAG